CGGUCGGCCGGCCGGAUGUUGUUGUGAGUCGGAGAGACACGUGAGGUCCUGCUACGUCAUCAGCAGGCACGCGCGGGGAACAUGGCGGCGGCGGGCGUUGUGAGCGGGAAGAUUAUAUAUGAACAAGAAGGGGUUUAUAUUCACUCAUCUUGUGGAAAGGCCAGUGACCAAGACAGCUUAAUUUCAGGAAUAUUACGUGUUUUAGAAAAGGAUGCUGAAGUAAUAGUGGACUGGAGGCCAUUGGAUGAUGCAUUAGAUUCUUCUAGUAUUCUUUAUGCUGGAAAGGACUCUAGUUCAGUUGUAGAGUGGACCCAAGCCCCAAAAGAAAGAACUCAUCGCGGAUCAGAGCACCAGAGCAGUUAUGAAGCAGAAUGGGACAUGGUUAAUACGGUGUCAUUUAAAAAGAAACCACCUACCAAUGGAGAUGCUUCAAGCCAUAGGAAUGGGAAAAGCAAAUGGUCAUUCCUGUUCAGUUUGGCAGACCUGAAAUCAAUCAAGCAAAGCAAAGAAGGGAUGGGCUGGUCAUAUUUGGUAUUCUGUCUUAAGGAUGAUGUCGUCCUCCCUGCUCUGCACUUUCAUCAAGGAGAUAGCAAAAUGCUGAUUGAGUCUCUUGAAAAAUAUGUGGUAUUGUGUGAGUCAUCACAAGAUAAUAGAACACUUCUUGUCAAUUGUCAGAAUAAGAGUCUUUCACAGUCUUUCGAAAAUCUUCUCGAUGAACCAGCAUAUGGCUUAAUACAAGCAGGACUGCUAGACAGAAGAAAGCUGUUGUGGGCCAUUCACCACUGGAAAAAAAUUAAAAAGGAUCCAUAUACAGCAACCAUGGUAGGAUUUUCCAAAGUUACAAACUACAUUUUUGAUAGUUUGAGAGGCAGUGAUCCCUCUACGCAUCAACGACCACCUUCGGAAAUGGCGGACUUUCUCAGUGAUGCUAUUCCAGGUCUGAAGAUAAACCAGCAAGAAGAACCAGGAUUUGAAGUCAUCACGAGAAUUGAUUUGGGAGAGCGACCUGUUGUUCAAAGAAGGGAGCCAGUCUCACUGGAAGAGUGGAGCAAGAACAUUGACUCAGAAGGAAGACUCUUGAACGUGGAGGGCAUGAAGCAGAUGAUAUUCAGAGGGGGUCUUAGUCAUUCAUUAAGAAAACAAGCAUGGAAAUUUCUUCUGGGUUAUUUUCCUUGGGAUAGUACCAAAGAGGAACGAACUCAAUUACAAAAACAAAAAACUGAUGAGUACUUCAGGAUGAAACUGCAGUGGAAGUCUGUCAGCGAGGAGCAAGAGAAGAGGAACUCAAGGUUAAGAGAUUAUAGAAGUCUGAUUGAAAAAGAUGUCAACAGAACAGAUCGAACAAACAAGUUUUAUGAAGGUCAAGAUAACCCGGGACUGAUUUUGCUUCAUGACAUUUUGAUGACCUACUGUAUGUAUGAUUUUGAUUUAGGAUAUGUACAAGGAAUGAGCGACUUACUUUCACCUCUUUUAUAUGUGAUGGAGAAUGAAGUGGAUGCCUUUUGGUGCUUUGCCUCUUACAUGGACCAAAUGCAUCAAAAUUUUGAAGAACAAAUGCAAGGCAUGAAGACACAGUUAAUCCAGCUGAGCACCUUACUGAGAUUAUUGGAUAGUGGAUUUUGUAGCUAUUUAGAAUCCCAGGACUCUGGAUAUUUAUAUUUUUGCUUCAGAUGGCUUUUAAUCAGAUUUAAGAGAGAAUUUAGCUUUCUAGAUAUUCUUCGAUUAUGGGAGGUAAUGUGGACUGAACUGCCCUGUAAGAAUUUUCAUCUUCUUCUAUGUUGCGCUAUCCUGGAAUCAGAAAAGCAGCAAAUAAUGGAAAAGCAUUAUGGCUUCAACGAAAUCCUUAAGCACAUCAAUGAAUUGUCUAUGAAAAUUGAUGUGGAAGAUAUACUAUGUAAAGCAGAAGCAAUUUCCCUACAGAUGGCACAAUGCAAGGAAUUGCCACAAGCAGUUUGUGAGAUCCUGGGGCUUCAGGACAGUGAAGUCACAACGCCAGAUUCAGACACUGGUGAAGAUGAAAAUGUUGGCACUACUUGUCCCACAUCUGUGUUUCCAAGUAACACUUUGUCCACCCUUGCUGCCAGUGAAGCCAAAGACAACAGCCCAGCACAGACAUUGGCAUCCCCAAAUGCCUGCAGAUUAACACCUGCAUGAUCAUUUGUCUUACAUUUUUAAGAGAUACUUUGUUGCAAUUCCUUUUUAAGUACAUGAAAGGUAGACAUUUACAGUCUUGGUAUUGAUCAUGCUUUAAGUUUUAUGGAAAGACAGUGUACUGAUGUUCUUGCAUUAAAGCUUUACAAAGUUUUAAACUAAUUAUUUUUGUAGUUACUUCUACCAAAUAGCCCUUCCUUUUCAAUAACAUUCCUUAGUAUUUUUAUAGCUAAGCACAUUUUAUUUUGUUUCUGAUGAACCGGGAUUGGACAAAUAUACAAGUGGAUGCUUUGGAAAUUACGCACUUUGAACAGCAUUCACUGUGUUUACUCUUCAGUGGGCUUUGGACUUGAUUGAAUUAAAUGUUGAGCCUUUAUAAAGCAGUCUGAGCUGAAAAGUAGGUUGUUACUCAGUGACAAAAUUUAAAAAUACAAACAAAUUUGGUUUUUCUAUUGUUUACAACAAUAUUCAGCUUAAAUAUUUAUGCUGGUUGAAUGUGAUUUAAAUUAGACAUUUUUACCAAUGUAGUUAUUGUGUGGAUAAAGAACUAUUUCAAUCUUAGCAAGUGGAUUGGCAGUAUUUUUUUUUAUAAAGAACUUUUCUUCACUUGUAUAUAGACUAUAUAUAUAUGUACUAUUUAUGAGCAUAAGAAAGCAUAGUCCUAUUUUCUUUAACUGAAUAAACUUGACUAUUGAUUUAUAUAAGCUGAUUCAACAAAAUUAAUACAUGACUUCAAUAUAAGAUCUUUUUCAAAACUAUUUUCUUAAUGGAACAUUUAUUUAAUGAGACUACGUCCAACCCCGUCUAUACCUGGUAUAAUCAAUCACUGUAACCUCCCUUUACUAAUAAUGUUUAUUAUCUUUCCUAAUAAUGCAUUAAUUGAUUAAUCAGAUCAUUAAAUUUUUAUAAAAUAUUCUUUGCAUAAAGCUUAUGUCAAAAUUAUCCAGGCACUGUCAAUGAGUCUCAAAGUAAUAUUUUUUUUGUAUAUGAAUGAAGCUGUUUUUACCAUGCAGUAUUGCAUGAUUUUAAGUUAUGUGGACUCACCAUAACAAAUUCUGUUUUAAUUGUAAUUUGUUAACUCUUGUACAUAUCAUUAAAAUAAAUUCAAAACUGAAA